AUGCCAACAAAACUUGGGAAACCCAGUCGCCAUCGUUGGGGAGCCACGAAACAGAAGGAUUUGGGUUUCCCCCGCAAUUUUUCAAAAUUUAAUCACUCGACAAAAGUUUGAAAAUUCAAAUCAUCGAAAAUGUUUUCACUGAAAAAAGUAUUCCCAAACUGUGUGCCUUACUGAAAAUUAAUUAAUUAUCAUCCUCAAAAAAGCUUCAGAAAUCAUACUUUGAUCACAGUAAGUCGAAUGUUUAACCUUUUGAGGCCUCAAUAACUCUAGUGAAGCUUUUAAUUACAGAAAAACUCAAGCUUUUUUUUCAGUGAAAACAUUUUCGAUGAUUUGAAUUUUCAAACUUUUGUCGAGUUCAGGUUGAUUAAAUUUCGAAAAAUUGCGGGGGAAACCCAAAUCCUUUUGUUUCGUGGCUCCCCCACGAUUAAAUUUCGCUUUUGCCAAAACUUUUCGAAUUUUUACAGAAUCUCAUGAAAAAAAGGUCUACAAAAUCAUCCAUGUACACGGCAUGUAGACGCCCAUCGUUCAAGAAAAAUGAAAGAUGUGAAAAAUCAAAAGUAAAAACGCUUUCUCGCUUUUUUUUUCAAAACGUCUCUGACAUUGACUUGGUUAGUGAUUAUUCAUAUAUACAUAUUCUUCAGUAAACUUUUAUGUAGAACUUCGCAUUUUUUUUAGUUCGGUUUUUUGCUGUUUCUUUCUGCAAUGGUCUUAUUUCGUCGGUUGUUCUCUUAUUUCUCGAAAUGCAUUUUAAAUGUUUUUCAAAACUCGCCUUUCAGCAGUCUGAGUACUCGAAGAGCAGGCCCAUUUUGAAUAGGAAAAGUAUUCAAUAUGAAAAACUCCAAUAUUUCAUUUAAAAAAACUCAAAUUAAUAUUUUUUUCGAAACUUCUCCGGGGUGAAUUCACGCGCAGCAAGGGGCGCGCGGUAUCUAUAAACACGCCCCUUUUCCUGCGAUCCUGACGAAAGUUUACACAAAAAUGGUUCCCCCGAUUUCGCCACUCUUUUGCUCAUAACUUUUUUCAUUUUCCCUAUUUUUCUUUUCUGUUUUCGCAGUUAGCUUUCGAUUGCCAUCAGCUUUCUUUUUAUAUAGUUUUCAACUUUAUACUACUAACUAUGGAAAUUGGCCUGCGGUCCCUACGUAUAUUUUUAGAUUUUUGUAUCGUUUCACUUUCUGUUGUGUAAUAUAACCGUGUUUGAUGCGUUUGAAAAGUACUGGAGUUAAUUUUUGAUCGAGAUGGUCACGCAAUUUCGAUUAAAAUGACAUUUUGAAGAGUAACUUUUUUUGCAGAUGCUACUUGGUUCAUGUUUUUGUUUCAAAAUGCUCAGAAUGAGUUUCUCUAAAAACGCCCAGAGCUUUUUGUUUCAAAAUUUUUUUUUUCGACGUUUUACAAAACAUGUUGUCUAAAAUGACUUUUGAAGUUAUAAAUUUUUGUGCCGAAGCCAAUUGAUUCUUUUUUUCGUUUCAGAAUAUUCAAAAUGCGUUUUUUGAGAGAACCGUCAUGGAUUUUUUCCUUCAAAAAAUGUUUUAGGACUUCACGCGAGAAAUUUUCCUGAAAAAAGGCAUUUCGUGUGAUAAAUUGUUUGGCAAAAAAGAUUUCGUUCGUUCAGUAAUUUCGCGAAAUGCAGUUAUCUUAGUUAUCUUUUUCUCUGACGGCUAUUUCGAAAUUUGCGGAAUCACUUUGAACACGGCAUUAUCAUUAGCGAAAAACAGGAAUAACUUCAAAAAGUAGAGAUCAACUGAUAAAAUCAGACGUGAGAAUUGAGGCGUAUGGAAGUCGAAACGCAGAAGUCAGUCCGUCAUGAGAGUUUCUCUCGUCUUGUUGUUGGCUUUCGCCCUCGUCGUGAGUUUUUCGGAUCCCAAUUCCUUGUUUUCCGAAACGUUAUGCCGUGUUCAAAGUAUUUUCGGCGAUUUCAAAACUGACGCGUUAUUCGUUUAAAAUGAUUUCGAGAAAUAGGCAGAAUUGGUAUUCCGGGAAGGGGCAGAAAAAAUGAGUCCUACAGCGAUAUAUCGAUUGAUACGCAUUUUUUACGCGCGAAUUCGAAUUUUGCGUAGAAAAUGCCCAAAUAACCCCAAAAUUUUGAGUUCGCGCGUGAAAGUUACAGUAAAAAUGCAUAUCAAACGAUAUAUAUCGUUGUAGGAAUCAUUUUUUUCCCGCCUUCCCGGAAUACCAAUUCCGCCAACUUCCCGAAAUAAUUUUAGACGAAUAACGCGUCUGUUUUGAAAUCGCCGAAAUUACUUUGAACACGGCAUUAUAAAAAAAAAAGACGAGGAGUGAAACUCAAACGAAUUUUUUUUUCAGAAUCCAUCGCAAGCAUUUCUUGGCGACUUUUUUGGGGGUGUAUUUGAUAAGGUGAAAAAAGCCGCAGCGACCGUUGUUCGGGUGAAAACUAAACUUUAAAGUAGUUACUAUGCAAAAAUUCAGGCUAUCCUUCCUUCGCCUCCGCCUCCGCCUCCGGAACCAGAGGUUCCUCCACAAGGAGCUUAUCCCCCAGCAUAUCCUCCAGCUUAUCCUCCAGCUUAUCCUCCAGCUUAUCCCCCGGGACAUGGGCCUCCUCCACAACAGCCCAUUAUUAUCAAAAGAAGCAUCGAAGUGAGUCGCCGCAAAACUGCAGCAAAUUUUUCCAAGUUUUCUGAAAAAAUUCCUUGCUUAAUCAUGGAAUAUUUUUAGGGUUUUCGUCGGUUUUUUUUCAGUAGUAGUAGUCGAUUGUUAGCGGUUCGAUGAUCAGCUACUUUUUCAAGUAGAAAUGGUUCCCGGCUUUUCCGAAGCUGACGGACGUAGGAUUGAGUCUCACUAAGAAUAACUGACGAGAUAAACGCGAGGUAGGUGUCGGUACAUUGACGGACUCGCAAACAUGUCGCAUUUUUCUCGGUGCGAUUACGCAUUUAUCUUGCACUUCGGAAUCUUUCAAAUUGUGAGAGAAAUGCAAGUUCGCGCCUAGAAAAAUGCGAGACCAGCGUGACAAAAAAAGCGAGAUGUUUGCAAGCUCGUCAGUGUACCGCCAGCGUCUCGCGUUCAUCUCGUCAGUUAUUCUCAGUAUCUAGCGAGAGCGGAAAUGAAGCCGAGCAUUCGGGAGGUUUUAAUGAGUUAGUGUGUUGUCAAUUUCCCGCCUUUCAGGUCGGGAAAAAUUGGCUAAUUAUAGUCAAUUUUUUCCGACUUGGAAAGCAUGGCAGGCAAAGAAAAUGGCGGGACGCGUAGCGUAUGCGUUUGCGGUUUUGGUCACGAGCUCAAUUCAACCGCCAGCGAAGAUUUGGAGAGCUCGUUCAUCGACUUUUUUUUUCAUUUUUUUCAGAAUUCUGUCUUGAUGAUUUCAUUUUUGCAUUUAAAAAAAGUAAAGUAGGUAAAAAAAGAACGGUGCUUAAGCUUUUUUAUGGGUUAAUGAAGCUUGAAAUGAACUCGAGCCUAUAGCCGCCUUUGUGCACGCUACGCGUCUCGCCCACUUCUCUGCCUCCCUCGCCUUUCAAGUCGGGAUGGUUAUUUUUAUAGAGCAGAUACGCAAUACAAUGUUUGAUUUCCCCUCAUAAUCCGUUUUUUUUACAACCCAAUUGCCUGAAAUCAAUGCAUAAACUAAUCUUUUUUUCAGUUGAAUCUGCAAACCUGCUUCGUUCUCGCCUUUGCCAGCUUCUCCCACGCCGCUGUUUUUUAA